CCAUGAGCGUCUUUGUUUAUUAGAUGUUAGCUUGUCACAUUUUGCACGGCUGUAAUCCUAUCGUUUAGCCCGACAACUUUUGGUGUUCAUUUGGAAUAUCUUUCUGAAAUGAAAUUCAGAGAGAAAAAAUGUCGGAAUCGACGGAUGCAUCUUCUUGUCCCGGUCUUGGUCACGGUGCUCCCCCAAGCACGAUCGGUGGAGAAUCCCCAUCGGCAGCUCUCUUACCAAAUCCAAUAAUAACGAAAAGAACAAGAACCCAAUCCAUGUUGGAACUAGCUUUGGACAACCCUAUUGAAAAUGGUGUGAUCAAGAGCUUUUGCAGAGUGAAAGGUCAUGGUUUCAUAAAGAAAAAUGAUGGGGACGAAAUUUUUGUUCACGUGUCAGACAUUGAUGGAGAGUAUGUCCCAAGGAUUGGAGAUGAGGUGUCUUUUCGUAAACUUCUAGUGCCACCAAAACUGGAGAAAUUCCAAGCUGUUCAUGUUCAAAUAACGAAUUUCACACCUGAAGUUCAUCAGCGUUGGACAUCAGCACUUACAGCAGAAGAAAGUCAUGAAGGUUCAAGGCCAACUUCUCCUAGCAGCAUGAAUGUAGAUUCAUAGCACUGGCUCUGAUUAUGUCAUCAAUGUCCAAGAUUUCAUAGCACCACAGUUCUAGACUUUGUUUUGAAACUCUUCAAAAGCUUUCUGCUGUAUCUUCCUAUUGCAUCACUAACAUGCAUCAAGUAUCAAACUUCUCCUAUUUCACUAAACAUUCUUUAAAAUGUGAUUUUUUAUCGUAAAAAUAAUUUAUUUGGUUAGGGAAGUACAACAUCAAAAUCACCGUACUUCUACAUGUAAGUGAAAAUCAGAAAAUCUUUGGGUAGUAAACAUGUUAGAAGCUUAAAUUUAAAGGAUUUGAGUUUUUAACACGUGCAAUGAGAUUUUGGGACUUCUUGCACAAAUUAUUGCUAAAUGAAUAAAAAGACUGUUCAACCAACAA